AUGCUUUUCCUUUGGGCACUGGCAUUUAUUUUAGCCCUGCAGGACCAAGAUCUUUUAGCUGCUGCCGACCCUGUCAGUAUGUUACCUGGAAGUUUGGAAGGAGGAAGCUGGUGUAAUGAGCACGACACAAUCCAUGGACGCUUAGAUAUGAUUGAAGAGAAGGUGGUAAAAACAGUGGAGCAUCUAGAAUCGGAAAUCAAAUCGCUCCUCAACAUUAUCAGUGAAACAACAUCAAAUAUCCCCAUUACUCCAGGAACACCACUUAUAGACAUUUUUGAUGGUAAGUAUAUCUAG